CGUAGAUAUAAUGGACUUCGGUGUGGGACAGGUAGGAGGUGCAUGUUUGUGCACAGGUUCAAAGGUAUUGAAUUUAGGGCACUACAAAUUUUAAUCGUGACUCUAAAAAUUCCCACUUUUCUUGCCUCCUUCUUUUGCCUGUGUGCAAAACAGUGUCUUACAAACCCCGUGCGUGUGUCCCAUCUGGGGUCGUUCUCACACUUUCUUCUGACAGUCCGGCGCAUCGCUCUGUAUUGCCAACCUUUCCCCUUCGUAAUUUCACUCUGCUUCAUACUGAUGGCACAGCAAGAGUACAAGCGUCUCAGUGAGUACCUUUUUACCUACAAGGGAUGUGUCUUUCCUAUCGACAAAGACAAUGAGGUCUCUCCGGAGUACAUAGACAGCUUGGAACACUUCGAGAUCAGAGACAGCAAUGUCUAUGUCAUCACCUACCCCAAAUCUGGGACAGUGUGGACCCAGCGAAUCGUCACCUUAUUGUACGAGGACGACUUCCCAGACUCUGUGAAUCAGAGCACGUACAAGCGCAUGCCCUGGCUGGAGUAUUUGGAGAAGGGCAAGGAGUACAACUCGCGGCCAUCUCCACGCCUCUUCUGCUCCCACCUCCCGCAGCACCUGGUCCCCAGGGGGCUGCUCAAGAAGAAGGCCAAAAUCAUCUACGUCACCAGAAACCCAAAGGAUGUCAUCGUUUCCUACUUUCAUUUUUCAAAAUUCAUGGUCAAACUGGAGACGCACAACCAUCUGGAUGAAACGCUGGACAGAUUUUGCAGUGGAUGGGUUAUUGGAGGCUCCUGGUUUGACCACGUCAAGGGAUGGUACAAUAACAGAGACAAGUUCAACAUAUUGAUCCUGAGCUAUGAGGAGAUGAAAAAAGAUCUGAGAUCUGUUGUUGUGAGGAUCAGUGAGUUUGUGGGGAAGCAUCUGUCUGAUGCCGCCAUUGACAAAAUAGUGGAAAAAGUCACCUUUAAAAACAUGAAGGUUGAUCCCACCGCAAAUUAUGAUUUUCUGCUACAGGAUGUCUCAGACAAGGACCAAGGAACAUUUCUGCGCAAAGGUACAGUCGGGGAUUGGAAGAACUCCUUCACGGUGGCUCAGAGUGAGCACUUCGACAGGGUGUUCCAGGAAAAGAUGAAGGAUUUCCCCAUGACCUUUGUCUGGGACAUCUCUGAGUUCCAAGGCUGACUGGAGAAGUCUACACACACCCAUGAGACCAGACGGGGAGCCCUGCACACCUCGAGCUGAUCCCUCCUAAAUUCAAAUGAAUGAGACCCUUUUUUCCAUCUUUUUUCCCAAUGAUGUAGAUACCCAUUUAAAUAUUCCAGGGCCACUCUAAAGGAAGUCUCCCACACUCAUUCCAGCAUACACAUCAUGGUGCUACCAAGUGUGCGGCCGCCGCUGUGCUUAAGAAGCAUUUCUGUUUGCAAAAGAUAAGACGUUCAAAGUCACACCAUCCAACUUGUAAAGCCCAGUAAAGUGAGUCCGUGAAGUUACAAAAUACAAAUGUAAUUGAUAUCUUUUACUGAUUUUACACUUUCAUUAUAUUAUUAUUAUUACAUUUGCUUAGCAGACAUCUUCAUACAGCAUUACUAUCAUUGCAUAUGUUCUCAGAUAUUAUUCUCAUAUACAACUAGAUGUUACACUACUGGAUGGUAAUUAGUAGAAUAUGGUUCUUUGCUGGGGGUUACAAUGCUACUGUACAACCUGGGAACUGAGCCUGCAGUCUGGAUUAGCCAAGUUUCAUGACCACUAUACCACACUGUCACCCUCAUAUACAUAUAUAUCAAUCACUACAUAUUAUAAAACAAAUGAGGAGAAACAAAACUAGUCUCCUAAGUUAACGCAGGUGAUCGACAUAAAAGCUCAUAGACCUUUCUGAGCGGGUCAGAAAGUUAAGGUGCUUCUAAGCACAGACUGAGCCCUAUGGCCCAGGGUCAAGCCUGGCUGCACCAUCUGCCGGCAUUGACCUGGAGCCCACAGUGUAAAAACAAACAGGCUUUCUUCUAUCGGGGUAAGGGUGGGUACCUGAGGAAGGGUCCCCUAGUCACAGCACUCCCAGCAUCCUCCGACUCAUUCGGUCACCUGUGAGUUACUCAAACAGCGUCAGAGAGAUUUUCUCAUCCUCUCAUCACGGGUCUGCUUCCUAAUUCACAGUGAGACUUGUAAUGUGGACAAUAAUUACAGCAGGCAUGUGUGUGAAUCAGAGGAUUGCAUUCACUGCACCCUGUGCUCCUGCAGGUUUCUACGCAUUUGUAACAUCCAUAUCUUGUUUAAUUUAGUCAUGGGAAAUAAAAUGCCUCUGUUUUCAUAGGGAAAAAGAGGAUGGAUGAGUGAAUUGUGGUGCUUUAAAGAAAAAAAAAACAUGUAAACGGUUUUUUAUAAACAAUGAUUAAAUCACAAAUCAUGUUUUGCAAAAUAAUUUCUUCACUGGCACAACUAGCUAUUCUCUUCCUUGUUCAUUUGCUUGAAAGCUGAUGGAUGAUGCUGCCCUCUUCAGUACAGAAGUGCAUUUUUAUGAAAGUGGAAUUUUGUACUGUAAAAACAUGGUGUUGUAGGGGAAACAUGACAACCAAUAAAGAAAGAUGCAUGGUCAGAGUCAAGCCUGGAUAAUGCAAGCCCUGGCUGACCGCCAACAGAAUAGCAUGGCACUUUAUAAACUGUCUUGCACGUAUGUUAACCCUAAUGCUGAGAUUUUCCAGAUGUCCAGUUUUCUCAGCUUUCAAGGUUACAAAGACGCCUUUUAAAAUCUUUCCUUGUGUUCUAUUCAAUCAGUUCAGAUUACAGUGCAAUACAACAGACUGUAACAUCCCACCGUUCAGAGAGCCACUGAGAGUAACUACUAUAAUGGGUGGUGUUUGUGUACAUCCCAAAUCAUGCCAUCUCUCCAAGCGUCUCUCUUCUUCACAUGCUCAGCUGCCUACCUGCACACAGUCCCCCACAGCAUAAAAGCAAAUAAAUAGCAUUGUUCACAGAGGAGUGUAUUCUUAGAGGGUCAUUUCAUUUUUCAUGGGGAAUUUAGUCUUUGCAAAUGGCAACACAGGUGUACUUAAAAUUGUGUAACAAGGAAAAGUCACAGAUUGAAGCUGUAUGGAGGCUUUACAUUAUUGUUAUUUAGCAGAUGGUCUUAUCCAGAGCAACUUACAAUUUCAUCAAUU